AGGCCUGUAAAUGCCGUGCGGACCACUGCUAGGCCUCCACUCCCAAGAUGAAUCCACCUGUGCAUAAGACACUGACAUGGAAGGACUUUAUCCACCGUGUCUCCCAAGGAAACGUACCAUUGUGGUAUCGCUGGAGUUGGCAUGGCAGCAGCGUGACGCUGCCCUAGGGCAGUGUGUGAGCUGUUUCACUGCCAUUUCCCUGAGAGCAGAGUGAGUCAGGGUGCUGGCAGCCUGAGACGAGAUGAAGACGGUGCUCAUGGUGGCUGAGAAGCCGUCCUUGGCCCAGUCCAUCGCCAGAAUCCUCUCUCGAGGGAGCAUGUCCUCACGCAAAGGGCUGAACGGGACGUGCUCAGUGCACGAGUACACCGGGACCUUCACUGGCCAGCUGGUCCGCUUCAAGAUGACGUCCGUCUGUGGUCAUGUGAUGACCCUGGACUUCCUGGGAAAGUACAACAAGUGGGACAAGGUGGACCCCGCCGAGCUGUUCAGCCAGGCCCCAACGGAGAAGAAGGAGGCCAACCCCAAGCUGAACAUGGUGAAGUUCCUGCAGGUGGAGGGCAAAGGCUGUGACUACAUCGUACUGUGGCUGGACUGCGACAAGGAGGGAGAGAACAUCUGCUUCGAGGUCCUGGACGCGGUGCUGCCUGUCAUGAAUCAGGCCCACAGCAGCGAGAAGACAGUGUUCCGGGCCCGGUUCAGCUCCAUCACAGACACAGACAUCUGCACUGCCAUGGUCCGCCUGGGCGAGCCCGACCACAACGAGGCACUCUCAGUGGACGCACGGCAGGAGCUGGACCUGCGCAUCGGCUGCGCCUUCACCAGGUUUCAGACUAAAUACUUCCAGGGGAAAUACGGCAACCUAGACAGCUCGCUUAUCUCCUUCGGGCCAUGCCAGACCCCCACGCUGGGCUUCUGUGUGGAGAGACAUGAUAAAAUCCAGUCCUUCAAACCGGAGACCUACUGGGUGCUGCAGGCCAAGGUGGAUGCCGAUAAGGACCGAUCCCUCCUUUUGGACUGGGACCGAGUGCGCGUGUUCGACCGGGAGAUCGCACAGAUGUUCCUGAAUACGACCAAGCUGGAGAAGGAGGCCCAGGUGGAGGCCACGAGCAGGAAGGAGAAGGCCAAGCAGAGGCCACUGGCCCUGAACACUGUGGAGAUGCUGCGUGUGGCCAGCUCUUCCCUGGGGAUGGGCCCACAGCACGCCAUGCAGACCGCAGAGCGGCUCUACACGCAGGGCUACAUCAGCUACCCGCGCACCGAGACCACCCACUACCCCGAGAGCUUCGACCUGAAGGGCCCUCUGCGGCAACAGGCCAACCACCCCUACUGGGCCGACACGGUGAAGCAGCUGUUAGCGGAAGGUAUCAACCGCCCACGGAAAGGCCACGACGCUGGCGACCAUCCCCCCAUCACCCCCAUGAAGUCUGCCACGGAGGCUGAAUUAGGCGGCGAGGCCUGGCGGCUGUACGAGUACAUCACCAGGCACUUCAUCGCCACGAUCAGCCACGACUGCAAGUACCUGCAGAGCACCAUCUCCUUCCGGAUCGGGCCUGAGCGCUUCACCUGCACGGGCAAGACCGUCAUCUCCCCAGGUUUCACGGAGAUCAUGCCUUGGCAGAGUGUGCCCCUGGAGGAGAGCCUGCCCACCUGCCAGAGGGGCGACACCUUCGCCGUGGCUGAGGUCAAGAUGCUGGAGAAGCAGACGAGCCCCCCUGACUACCUGACGGAGGCCGAGCUCAUCACGCUCAUGGAGAAGCAUGGCAUUGGGACGGAUGCCAGCAUCCCCGUACACAUCAACAACAUCUGCCAGCGUAACUACGUGGUCGUGGAGAGUGGGCGCCGGCUCAAGCCCACCAACCUUGGUAUUGUACUGGUGCACGGCUACUACAAGAUUGAUGCGGAGCUGGUGCUCCCCACCAUUCGCAGUGCAGUGGAGAAGCAGCUGAACCUGAUCGCCCAGGGUAAAGCCGACUACCGCCAAGUCCUGGGCCACACCCUGGACGUCUUCAAGAGGAAGUUCCACUACUUCGUGGACUCCAUCGCGGGCAUGGAUGAGCUGAUGGAGGUGUCCUUCUCACCCCUGGCGGCCACCGGCAAGCCCCUUUCCCGCUGUGGGAAGUGCCACCGGUUCAUGAAGUACAUCCAGGCCAAGCCAAGCCGCCUGCACUGCUCCCACUGUGAUGAGACCUACACCCUCCCCCAGAACGGCACCAUCAAGCUCUACAAGGAGCUCCGGUGCCCGCUGGACGACUUCGAGCUGGUUCUGUGGUCAUCAGGCUCGCGGGGCAAGAGCUACCCGCUGUGCCCAUAUUGCUCCAACCACCCACCUUUCCGAGACAUGAAGAAAGGCACAGGCUGCAACGAGUGCACACACCCCACCUGCCAGCACUCGCUAAGCAUGCUGGGCAUUGGCCAGUGCGUGGAGUGCGAGAGCGGUGUGCUGGUGCUCGACCCCACCUCAGGCCCCAAGUGGCGGGUGGCCUGCAACAGGUGCAAUGUGGUGGCGCACUGCUUCGAGAAUGCCCACCGCGUGCGUGUGUCUGCCGACACCUGCGGCACCUGCGAGGCCGCCCUGCUGGACGUCGACUUCAACAAGGCCAGGUCCCCACUGCCGGGCGACGGCACGCAGCACACGGGCUGCGUCUUCUGCGACCCCAUCUUCCAGGAGCUGGUGGAGCUGAAGCACGCAGCCUCCUGCCACCCCAUGCACCGCGGGCCUGGGAGGAGGCAGGGCCGGGGCCGGGGCCGGGGCCGGAGGCCAGCGGGGAAGCCAGGCACCAGGAGGCCCAAGGACAAGAUGUCGGCCCUGGCCGCCUACUUCGUGUGACGGCCCUGCCCAGGCUCUGCAUGGCGUCCUCUGGGUCACAGAAAUCAUUAAACACAUUGUCUUCUCCGGAACGAGCAGCUCGCGGGACCUUGCCUGCUGUUAGAGGGUUGUGCCCGUCCCCCAUUGGCCCUCCGGCCCCGUCCGCUCGCCUCUCCCUCGUCCUGCACACGCCCCCUGAGUGCCCGCUCCGCCCACGUCCUGCAGGGAGGCCACCACACACGGAACGGGGAGCAGACCCAGUCAGAGGCUCCUGUCACGUUCUAGCGCAUGUGAGACACGGCACAAUGACUGUGUGCAUGCCUCGGGGGUAGCCCAGGCGCCUGGAAGGCAGGAAGCCACCAGCUGCCCACCACCAGCUGUCCCAGGUGGGAGGAGGCGGCUGGGAGAAGCCUCCCUGGAUGUUGGCCCUCACUCCCACCCACUGCCCCGGGCCAGACCCCCGCUCCCCACUUGGCGUCUGGGAGCGGGUCUGAGCGUGGGGCCUGCACCCUUAGGGCCCAUUCCCAUUUCAGUUCUCAAACACCUGUCCUCUCAGACAGAGGCAGGCAGCAGUUUACAUGAGGGAAUCGCCCGCGUGCCAGGUGGAGAAAGUACCCCACAAGCCACACCACCCUGCAGGCCGCCUGCCACCUGCCCCCUUCCCAAGCCUGCUCUACCCAAGGGGCACUCACAGCAGGCCUCCACACUUUGGGAUUUCACCCCCUGCCCAGGCUCCACCGCAAGAAGAGGCUCCAUGAAACGCCUCUCAGAGCCUGUGCAAGGGGCAGUCAGAACCAUGCUGCCCACACACGGACCACUACCUCAGUUGUAGAUUCACCCCAGAGGCUGGAACUCAGGGGCCGGGUGGGCUGGGUGACGUGGGGAGGCUCCUUUCCCAAGGGCAGGAGCGGAGCUGGGAGCUGAGGUGGAAUGGAAUGUAGCGGGGAGGGAUUGACGGAAGCCACAGGGCAUGAAUCGGCUAGCCGGCAUGUCCUUGGCCCAGCACCCGCCAGUAGGAGGCAAGCUCCUGGCCAAGCGGUGGUGUCUCGCUUCCCCGUCAUCUCCCAGCACCAGCCUUGAAUGGAAUCAGUGCUCCGAGGAGUCUAGUGUGGGCCCUGCUGAGGAAGCCCAUGGGUAUGUCAGCGUUCAUGGGCUUUGCGAUGUGGAGUCCUGUCCCAGGACUGCCUCACCCACACUGUGGUUCUCAAAGUUCACCCUUUACUCAUUCUGAUGCAAGUGGUCCUGGGCACACUGAGAGACACUGAGGCGGGGUUGCACAACAGCCCUAGGAGAUAGAUUGGCUGCUAUUGUCCCCGCUUUUCUGGUAAAGAAACUGGGCACAGGGCAGCUAAGGAACAUGUUCAAGGUCACAGGUCCUAAGAAGUAGCCGCGGGCCUUGCUGGGGUCACCAUGGUGAUGGACAGGUUACAGGAUGUAGGAAGGCGUGAGGAGGAGAAUGGGAUGAGCAGCACCCGCUCCACCCUGCUUCCUCUGCCCAGGCACCCCCUGCCUUCCACACCCACCCCCUCCACAGACGGUGUCCUUUCAAAUCUGACAACUGCUUGUUCUCCAGACCCUCCUGUUAGUGAACCUUAGUUCCUGGGAUGGACAAAAGCCAUGUGUGGGCCUGGAGGUCAGGUGGGCAGGGCCCCAGUGGGGCUUCUGAAAGCUCUUCCUCC